AUGGCACCUCUUGUUCCGUCGCAGGAGGAGCUGCAGCGUCGCCGUAUCAUUGGCAUCAACGCAGAAACUGUCACCAACAUCCCCUCCACAGACUUCCCCGGUCACUGGCCCGGAGAGUCGCACUCAUGGGCGCUCGACACCUUUAAGAAGAACUUCAAGGUCGAGUUCCAUCGCAAUGACCCGUACGAAGCCUCUUUCUCGCUGAUCGGCCUCGACGCCUCCGUCGCCAAUGCAUUCCGCCGUAUUCUCAUGGCUGAGAUUCCGACUCUUGCCAUUGAGUAUGUCUUCGUUCACAAUAACACCUCCGUCAUCCAAGAUGAGGUUCUUGCCCAGCGCCUGGGUCUGAUCCCCCUCAAAGGCUCUGUAGAGGGUAUCAACUGGAUGCACUGGUUCCGCAAGCCAUCCGAUGAUGAGGAGGGUACCGCCGAAGGGCCCAGUGACUACAACACCAUUGUUCUGCACCUCGAUGUCGAGUGCACGAAGAACCCCAACGCCGACGACGAUGAGCAGGACCCGCGCAAGCUGUACAACCAUGCCCACGUCUAUGCUAAAGAUAUCUCCUUCCAUCCCGUCGGUCGUCAGGAGCAAUUCUUCGUUGGCGACGCUGCUAUUCGCCCCGUGAACCCCGACAUUCUCGUCGCCAAGAUGCGUCCCGGUCAGAAGAUCGAGAUGGAAAUGCAUUGUGUCAAGGGUAUCGGUGCCGACCAUGCCAAGUUCUCGCCCGUUGCGACCGCCUCUUACCGUCUCCUUCCCGAUAUUAAGAUUGAGCGUCCCAUCAUCGGCGAGGAUGCGAAGAAGUUUGCCAAGUGCUUCCCCAAGGGUGUCAUUGGUCUUGAGCCUGUCACUUCCGAGGAGGCCUCGCGUAGCGGAAGCGGAUACGAGGGCCACGCUGGUGAGCAGAAGGCUGUGGUCAAGGAUGCUUUCAAUGAUACUGUCAGCCGUGAGUGCUUGCGUCACGAGGAGUUCCAGGGCAAGGUCAAGCUGGGCCGCGUGCGGGACCAUUUCAUCUUCAACAUCGAGAGCACUGGCCAAUUCGAGAGCGAUAUUCUGUUCCUGGAGGCUGUCAAGGUAAUGAAGCUUAAGUGCAACCGGUGGAAGCGUGGUCUGCAUGAUUUCAUGGCGUAA